AUGAAUAACAUCGACUGUAUGGAUACGCUUUGCCGUAUCUGCUCGUCUCCUGGAUCGCACAGUAUCUUCAGUCGCAUACCGGCCUACUGCCAUGCACACUACCGAGAGUAUGCACGCUGGAAGCAGCCCAUUUCUAUGCUGAUCGCGGAAAUUACUGGCGUUGCGAUAACGGAAAACGAUGGCUUGCCGAAGCGGAUUUGCGUCGUAUGCAUUUCGUACCUCAAGCACGCGUACACAUUCCGUCGACAAGCGCUCGACAAUUUUGCAGGGCUGCUGACGGCUAAAUAUCUGUCAAAUUACCGACCCGAAAGCAAGAAAGCGGCGGCAGACAGCGAACGUAUGAUAGAGCGCAAUGAAAUCAUAUCUACCGAAGAUGGAACCGCGUACCGGUCGGUAAAUCUUACCAACGCGGCAAACGCACGCGGCGUCGUGAAACAGACGACGAAGAAGCCAGCCAUAAUGCAUCGAUUUGUGGCAAAACCACCGAACAACAAUGUGGAGGAAGACGUGGACAACCUGUUUGGCGAUAUGGACGAACCCAGCAGUGGAUUGUUCGGUUACCGGGAGAAGGAAUUCAUCGAGGAUGAUGUGAUGGAUCUGGACGGAGUGCAGGAGCACGGCGUGACGUUUACGCUGCCGGAAGACUACAAGGAAAAGAAAUGUUUCGCGUGUCGAAAGCGGUUCAUGUUUUCGGAAACGUACGCCGAACAUUUGACCGAGUGUUUGCUGUACAAGCUUACCGAGGCGAUACGCACGCUGCACCACAUAAUGUUCCUGCGCGAGCAAAGUGCAAUUUCGGCGUUUGAGUUUAUUCGACGGGCUGUGUUUACGGUGCGGAAGUGCUACCGGUUGGUGCUGUCGUACGAUGGUGAGCUGGAUGAGGAUGAAGGCGUCGGAGAACCGGGAGACGGAACGGAAGGUGGUGUGGCAGGCUCUGCCAUGGAUAGGAAGGCACCUUACGAACGGAUAGAGCUUGAUUCUCUUAGCGACAGUGGUUCGUCUGGGUCGCCUAAGGUCAAGCCACCACUAUCGAACCCGUAUCUAUUCAGAUCCAGCAUGAACAAUAAUCUGUCGGUUGGUAGUAUGAUUGGCCAACAUUCCAUCAUACUGCGCCCACCGGAUGCAUUCGCAUCACAUACCAAUGUAGAUAUUAUAAAGAACCGGCUCACAAAAACGGGCCCGGAAGAGGUGAACGAAAGUAACGUGAACGAUCGUUACAAAACAAUCAAAUGUAAGCAGUGCGAGGCACGCUUCUUCACCAUUUCCCAUCUGGACGAACACACCAUAAAGGUACAUCAGCGACGCGUCAGCAACAAUCAAUUUGGUUGUUAA